AUGGAAGCACCCAAGGAAGAAGAAAUCAGUGUUGAAGAUGAGGCUGUGGAUAAAAAUGUUUUCAAAGACUGCAGGAAUAUUGCUUUCUACAGGUAUAAGUUUUGCAUUCCUCUUCUGGCUGAAGUUUAUGGUCUAGAGGGAAACAUUUUCAGGCUUAAAAUCAAUGAAGAAACUCCCUUGAGACCUAGGUAUGAAGUUCCUGAUGUCAUCACAAGCAAUUUAAACACUGUAAGGUUGAUUACAUGCUCAGGAAAUCCAGGCAGUCUGAUGUUGGCAGAUGAAAAAGGCGAUCUAAAAUUGCAUGUCACUGCAGACCCAUUCAAGGUGGACCUAGUGUCUGAAGGAGAUAUUAUAAUGAGCAUAAAUUCCCUGGGAAAAUUAUACUUUGAGCAUUUACAGAUCCUUCCCAAAUUAAGAGCUACAAAAGAAAACAAGGAUGAUGGCUCAGUUGACACUUCUCAGGAAAAUCAAGAUGAUAUGGGCCUAUGGGAGGAGAAAUUCAGAAAAUUCGUGGAUGUCAAAGCUAAUGGUCCUACCUCCAUUGGUUUGGAUUUCUCCUUGAAUGGAUUCAAGCAUCUUUAUGGGAUCCCACAACAUGCAGAAUCACACCAACUGAAAAAUACUAGUGAUGAAGAUGCUUACCGUCUUUAUAACCUGGAUGUCUAUGGAUAUAAGAUACAUAGCAAAAUGGGUGUUUAUGGUUCAGUGCCUUAUCUCCUGGCCCACAAACUGGGUAGAACUGUAGGAAUUUUCUGGUUGAAUGCCUCAGAAACAUUGCUGGAGAUUAAUACAGAGCCUGCAAUAGAGGACACACUGACCCAGAUGGACUCUGUUGCUCAACAGAAAGUCAAAUCUCAAACUAACGUGCACUGGAUGUCAGAGAGUGGAAUCAUUGAUGUCUUUCUGCUAACUGGACCUACACCUUCUGACGUCUUCAAGCAGUAUGCACACCUUACAGGUAGACAAGCCAUGCCCCCACUUUUUUCUUUGGGGUACCAUCAGUGCCGCUGGAACUAUGAAGAUGAGCAGGAUGUAAAAGCCGUAGAUGCAGGAUUUGAUAAACAUGACAUCCCUUAUGAUGUUAUGUGGCUGGACAUAGAGCACACUGAGGGCAAGAGGUACUUCACCUGGGACAGGAAAAGAUUCCCCAAACCCAGAAGAAUGCAAGAGCUGCUGAGGAGCAAAAAACGUAAGCUUGUGGUUAUCAGUGAUCCCCACAUCAAGGUUGAUCCCAACUAUUCAUUGUACAUUCAGGCCAAAGAACAAGGCUUCUUUGUGAAAAAUCAUGAAGGGGGAGACUUUGAAGGAAUCUGCUGGCCUGGUCUCUCUUCUUACCUGGAUUUCACCAAUCCCAAAGUCAGAGAGUGGUAUUCAAGUCUUUUCGCUUUUCCUGUUUAUCAGGAUUCUACUGAUAUCCUCUUCAUCUGGAACGACAUGAAUGAGCCUUCUGUGUUCAGAGGGCCAGAACAAACCAUGCAGAAGAAUGCCAUCCAUCAUGGCAACUGGGAGCACAGAGAACUUCACAACAUCUAUGGUUUUUACCAGCAAAUGGCUACAGCAGAGGGACUGAUACAGCGGACAGAAGGGAAGGAGAGACCUUUUGUGCUAACACGUUCGUUCUUUGCUGGAUCACAAAAGUAUGGUGCUGUGUGGACAGGUGACAACAAAUCAGACUGGAGCUACUUGAAAAUUUCCAUCCCAAUGUUACUCACACUCAGCGUAACUGGGAUCUCUUUUUGUGGAGCUGAUGUAGGUGGAUUCAUCGGGAAUCCAGAAGCAGAGCUGCUUGUGCGUUGGUACCAGGCCGGAGCCUACCAGCCUUUCUUCCGAGGCCAUGCCACCCAGAAUACCAAGAGGCGAGAACCCUGGCUCUUUGGGGAGAAACACACCCGACUGAUCCGAGAAGCCAUCAGAGAGCGCUAUGCCCUUUUGCCCUAUUGGUAUUCCCUGUUCUUCCACGCACAUGUGACUGCUGAACCCGUCAUGAGGCCUCUAUGGGUAGAAUUCCCUAAUGAAGUAGAGACUUUUAGUAUGGAAGAUGAAUACAUGCUGGGAAGUGCUUUAUUGGUUCAUCCAGUCACAGAAGCAAAAGCCACUGUGGUCAAUGUGUUUCUGCCAGGAUCAGAUGAGGUCUGGUAUGACUCUAAGACAUUUACUCAUUGGGAAGGAGCAUGCAGUGUGAAGAUUCCAGUAACCCUGGACACAAUACCCGUGUUUCAACGAGGUGGAAGUGUGAUACCAGUGAAGACAACAGUAGGAAAAUCCACGGGCUGGAUGACUGAGACCCCCUAUGGUCUCCGGGUAGCUCUCAGCUCUCAGGGCUCUGCAGUGGGUGAAUUAUAUCUUGAUGAUGGACAUUCAUUCCAGUAUGUCCACCAGAAACAGUUCUUGCACAGGAAGUUUUCAUUCUGUUCAGGUGUUUUGACUAACAGCUGUGCCGAUAGCAGAGGUCAUUAUCCCAGCAAGUGUGUGGUGGAGCAGAUCUUGGUCCUUGGCCUCAGGAAGCAACCAUCUUCUGUAACCACCCACUCGUCUGAUGGAAAAAAUCAGCUUGUGGAUUUUACAUACAGUGCCAAAACAUCCACCCUGAGCUUGGAGAAGCUUUCGCUGAACAUUGGCACCAACUGGGAGGUGCAUAUCAAAUGA